CUGGUGCUGCUUCACUUUGAGACGGAGCAUCGAAGCAGCAGCAGCUAAAAUGUUCUGGUUUAAGAAGUUGUGGUGUUGUAGCGCCCCGGCUAAUGACGAGGAGCUGCGCAGCCUCAGACCCAAACCUGAGAAGAAGGAGAAGAAGAAAUGGUGGCAGAGACGCAAAAAGAAAGAGCGGCAGGAGGAGUCGAACGUGGAGGAGAAUCAAAUUAUGGGAAAUGAGAAAUAUGCAGGGAUGAGUACCCAGGUUCUACUGGACCAAGGGCAGGCACCAGAGGUACAGAUGAUACAGAUAGAAGAGAAGAACCAGGUGGAGCAGAGCAUGGAGGAGAAGAACCUGGAGGAGAAGAACCCAGAGGAGCAGAACCCCGUUGUACAAGGGAUUGAAGAUCCAUUUGAGGCUGUUCUGGAGAAGAUCUUCAGGUCCUCAUCUGAUGAAGUGGUGCAGCAGCAGAACGUCCAGGACGAGCAAGUUCUGAUUGCUCCCACAUUCGUAAUCCAACCUGAAGGGUGUGAGAGACUGAUGGAGACCACGGUGGAGAAUCAAGGCAUGUCCAUGCCCGCUGGUGCUCCCGUGCCCCCGGUCUACAUGCUGAAGCUGAAGAGAACGAGCCGCUGGACCGUGCGCCCUGUACUGGCGCUGCCGUCCUCAAAAUACGUCUCAUCGGCUCUGCUGUGUUCUGCAGCGCUGUGGUGUCCUUCAGAACGUCCUCGCUCCACAGGGAUCGUUCCUCCUGUUCAUCUGGAGAACCUGAAGAAGAUGGAAUGAAGAACCUCUGAACAACACGAUGAGCACCAGACACUUUUCCUUCAUCAAAAUAAAAAUAAAAAAGCAUUAAAAAUAAA